AUGAUAUAAUAGAAAAAAUAUUUUAACGAUUUAGAAGAAUUUUUAAACUCUUCACUUUAAUUUCAUUAGGUUCUCCAUAUUACUCUCAGUGAUAAUAAAAAAAUUGUUAAAGAUGUUUCAGUCUUAGGUUCUGCUUUAGCAAAUUGCACUAAUCUCUCAAAUUUGAAACUUAAACUUAAUUAUAAUAAAAUUGGUGAUAAAGGCAUAUCUGAUUUAAGCUCUGCUUUAACAAAUUGCACUAAUCUCUCAAAUCUGAAAAUUAGUCUUCGUGACAAUCAAAUUGGGGUAAUUGGUGCAUCAGAUUUAGGUUCUGCUUUGGCAAAUUGUACUAAUCUCUCAAAUUUGGAACUUGGACUUUAUGACAAUUAACUUGGUGCAAAGGGUGCAUCAGUUUUAGGUUCUGCAUUAGCAAACUGUACUAAUCUCUCAAAUUUAGCACUUAAUCUUGAUUACAAUUAAAUUAGAGAUGAAGGUGCUUCUGUUUUAUGUUCAGGUUUAGCAAAUUGCACUAAUCUCUCAAAUUUGAAACUUAAUCUAAGUAAUAAUUAAAUUGGCUAAAUUGGUGCAUCAGGCUUAGGUUUAGCUUUAGCAAAUUGCAUUAAUCUCUCAAAUUUGACACUUAAUCUUAGUGACAAUCAACUUGGCUCGAAAGGUGCAUCAGGCUUAGGUUGUCCUUUAUCAAACUGUGCUAAUCUCUAAAAUUUGGCAUUUAUUCUUCUCGGCAAUUAAAUUGGCGAUGAAGGCGCAUCAGUAUUAUGUUCUAGUUUAGCAAAUUGCACAUAUCUCUCAAAUUUGACACUUAAUCUUCGUGAAAACCAAAUUGGUGAUACUGGUGCAUCAGGUUUAGGUUUUAAUUUAUCAUUUUGCACAAAUCUCUCAAAUUUGACUCUUGAUCUUCGUGACAAUUAAAUUGGUGCAACUGGUACAUCAGCUUUAAGUUCUUGUUUAUAGAAUUUUACUUAUCUCUCAAAUUUUAUACUUGAUCUUCGAGACAAUUAAAUUUGUGAAAUUGGUGCAUCAGGCUUAGGUUCUGCUUUAGCAAAUUGUACUAAUCUUUAGAAUUUAAAACUUGAUUUUCGUUACAAUUAAAUUGGUUAAAUUGGUGCAUAAGGCUUAUGUUCUCCUUUGAUAAAUUGCACUAAUCUUUCAAAUUUGACACUUGAUCUUCGUUGCAAUAAAAUUGGUGAAAUUGGUGCAUCAGGAUUAGGUAAUGCUUUAGCAAAAUGCACUAAUCUAUCAAAUUUGAAACUAAAUCUUAGUGACAAUCAAUUUGGUAUAAUUGGUGCAAUAGGUUUAGGUUCUGCUAUAGCAAAUUGCAUUAAUAUCUUAAAUUUGAAACUUUAUCUUAGUUACAAUUAAAUUGGAAAUGAAGGUGCAUCAGGUUUAGGCUUAUCUUUAGCAAAUUGCACUAAUCUCUCAAAUUUGAAACUCGAUCUUAGUUUUAAUUAAAUUGGUGAUGAUGGUGUGUCAGGCUUAGGCUUUGCUUUAACAAAUAGGACAAAUCUCUCAAAUCUGUCAUUUAAUCUUCGUUAUAAUGAAAUUGGCUCGAUUGGUGCAUCAGGCUUGGGUCUUGCUAUAGCUAAUUGCAUUAAUCUUUCAAAUUUGACAAUCGAUUUUCGUGACAAUAAAUUUGAUGCAAUUGGUGCAUCAGGCUUAGUCUCUGGACUAUCAAAUUGCACUAACCUCUAAAAUUUGACACUUGAUCUUUAUGGAAAAGAAAUCAAUAAACAACAAUAAUUGAAAGUAGAAAACAAGUGUCUAAAAUUAAAAAGAUUAGUUAUCCUUAAAAUAUAUUUCUAAUGA